GUGUGUGUGUGUGUGGGCGAGUGUGCAUGUGCGAGAGUGUGCGUGCGUGAAGGCGCGUGUGUUUUCCCGGCCCGGCCAGUGUUUGGAGCAAAGAGUGAUCUGAACACAUCUCGCAGGGACAAUGAGCGAGCUGGAACAGUUGCGGCAGGAAGCCGAACAGCUACGUAAUCAGAUCCGGGAUGCCAGGAAAGCCUGCAGCGACUCCACUCUGUCACAGAUCACAGCUGGUCUGGACUCAGUGGGCCGGAUACAGAUGCGGACACGACGUACUCUCAGGGGCCACCUGGCCAAGAUCUAUGCAAUGCACUGGGGGAGUGACUCAAGGUUACUUGUCAGUGCCUCGCAAGAUGGAAAGUUGAUAAUCUGGGACAGCUACACAACAAAUAAGAUGCAUGCCAUCCCACUGCGCUCUUCCUGGGUGAUGACGUGCGCGUACGCCCCCUCUGGGAACUAUGUGGCCUGUGGAGGUCUGGACAACAUCUGCUCCAUAUACAGCCUGAAGACCCGAGAAGGCAACGUGCGCGUCACACGGGAGCUGCCUGGACACACAGGUUAUUUGUCCUGCUGUCGCUUUCUGGACGACAACCAGAUACUAACCAGCUCUGGAGACACCACCUGUGCAUUGUGGGACAUAGAGACGGCCCAGCAGACCACCACCUUCUCGGGCCACACGGGAGACGUGAUGAGCUUGUCUCUCAGCCCGGACUACAAGACCUUUGUGUCAGGAGCCUGUGACGCCACCUCCAAGCUGUGGGACAUCCGCGACGGCAUGUGCAGGCAGUCUUUCACCGGCCACGUGUCUGACAUCAACGCCGUCUGCUUCUUCCCCAAUGGGAACGCGUUUGGCACCGGCUCGGACGACGCCACCUGCAGGCUGUUUGACCUGCGUGCCGACCAGGAGCUGAUGAUGUACAGCCAUGACAACAUCAUCUGCGGGAUCACUUCUGUGGCCUUCUCAAAGAGCGGCCGCCUCCUGCUGGCCGGCUACGACGACUUUAACUGCAACGUCUGGGACACCCUGAAGGGAGAGCGUGCAGGUGUGCUCGCUGGCCAUGACAACAGGGUGAGCUGCUUAGGGGUGACGGAAGAUGGCAUGGCUGUGGCCACCGGCUCCUGGGACAGUUUCCUUCGGAUCUGGAAUUAAACAAACUUUUCGCCUGACGUACUCAAUCACUGCCCACCACCUCAGGCUCACAACACCUCUCUACAUAUCCCACCUCAUCCGCGGGGCUGGACCUGAGGGGAGCACGUCGUGUGUCAGGCAAGACCCUCUUUACCCACCCCCCCCUCCCAGCCCUCUUCACUGCUGGUGACCCACCCACCUGUGCAGACCGCUCUGCUAAAAGGUUGUUUUUUUUCAUCCAUCUUUUACAGAUUAACAAUUGUUUAGUUAAAACAAACGUAUCGUAUAGAAUUAAGGAAACCUGAAGAAUAAGUAGAGGAUUUUGCUCAUAUCCAGUUAUUUUUGGGGGGCAAUGAAGUCAUUUGUUGCCAUGAGAAACAACAUUAGCAUCAAUGUGUAAUAUGUAAAUGUAUAUAUAAAGACAGUAUAUAUGUAUAGCAUUAUGUGUGUAUAUAUGCAUCAUAUAUGCAUAUAUAAUGUGUAUGUAUAUAUUUUUGUGUUUAUUUCCCUUUCUCAAAGUUGUUGUUUUUUGUUUUUUUUUGGGUGGGUGAGGGCUUUUUAUAAUUUUUCAUUUUUCUUAUAAAUGGAAAUACUCGCACUGCUUCAUGAACCUAGAAACAGUGAUUUUUGUUCAGCCAGACAAAGAUUGAGCAACAAAUCAUGAAUUUGUCUAAUUAACAAUUAGAUGGGUACAGUUAUGUUAAGUCUGAUUUCGAAAUUCAUUUUUCUUGCUAAUUUUUGUUCAUUUUUAUUGACUCAGUUACAAAAGGCUAGACGAGGGCCUUUACACAUGAACAUGAGUAUUGUUCUUAAUCUCUUAUCGUUUUAAAAGAACAAAGAAAAGAAGACAGAAAUGGAUAAGCAGACCCCAUCCACUCAACCACAAAAACCAAAUGAAAAGACGACAGGUCGUCGUACCGGCUUCCUGCCGCUGUAUCAAUAAGUUUAGCUUGAUAUUUAAGCAAGGAGAUUGCAGCAAAAAAUCUGACGUUCCAAGCCAAAAUAUAAAGGAGGUAUUUCAGGAAACACAGACACGUCACACACAAUCUUCUUUUUCGAGGCUAUAAACUAGAUUUGUAAGUGAACAGUGGAUUUGAAGCCAUUGAAAGGUCUGCUGUUAUCAGAAUACCUGCGUUCAUGUGUACAGGACCUAAAGUCACUUCAUCCAUUUGUGUGUGUGUUGACUUGAGGCAGAGGGUAUAGAUUCAUCCUCCCGUGCGUUUUAUUGUGGUAUCAUGUGAAUGAUUGCUUUCUCUUCAACAAUAUGGCCCCCAGCAUCCCCGCCCACAUAGAAGUGUUGUGGAAGGAAACUGUGACUGUGAUAUGAGAAGAAGCCUCGUAUCCAAUAGGAGGUCUUUUUUUUUUUUUUUUUUUUGACAUUUAUGUCCUGGAUGGAGCUUUAACUCCAAAGUAGAGACUACUGAAGCCUUGGCUGAAAAACUAACAUCACAGCCGCUUCUCUUGGCUACUGGAGUCGGGCUUGUGGUUUGAAUCCACGGGAUGCUGAAUAUCACGAGACCACACCCGUCCCAACCAAAUCUACUGCUGGGCGACAGGAUGGAGGUCGACGCAUCCCUGCCCCCGACCUGCAGAAGGUGCCCCUCCCCUCGGAUUUGAGGAAAGCUCCUGUCGUUGCCCUGUUAGGAAACGGCUCCAAGAGGGGCGACGGAAGCCGAAGCUUUUCCUGUAUGGACAGAGGUCUGUCAGCAGACCCCAAAGGAAGCCGUCGGCAGCCUCUGUGGAAAGGAGGAGAAAGGAAAAAGAUUUCUGGAGUUCCCUUUUGGCCUUCUAUCAGCCUUCCCCACCCCAAAUGAAGAAUCGGAACCUUUUACCAUCAGAGAGGUGUGACUCAAAUGUCUGCACAGGAACUGAACUGUUAGCCAUUUCAGAAUCACACCAAAAGACUGUGUAUAACACAAAAAAGAGGGUAAAAAAGCAAAGUUUUAGUUUUCACACUUUCAACAUUUUCACCCAAAACCAUGUGAACUGUUUUGCUGGUGAGGAGGGUUCCCUCUGUAGACAGAAGCGUACACUUAGCAGAGAGCUAGAAUGCACUCACAAACUAGUAGAAACGUAAACCAGUGCGCACAUGUGACUUACUUACCCAUAGAAGUGGUAUUUCUGAUUUAAAGUAUUUUCUCCUCACGUAUCUCAGAAUGAGUUUGGCUCCCAAAUAGACUUUAAAAAACACAAACCUCCCCCUCGUGUGAGCUGGACCUAUCGUCGGCUGUCUCAGGUGCCUGUCUGGAUAUGAACUUUUGAGCCGCCCGGGCUGGAUAAAGAGGUUUCUGCACCUGUGGGAUGUGGCACUGUCUCCAUUCUGCCUUAUUACCAACUUUACGACAGAAGGUGAUUUUAGCAUAGAUUACAGCAAUGUUCUCAUCUUGUGAAUCCUGUUUUUGUUUUUUGUUCACACACCCAUCAAUAAGAGCGCUACUUUUUUUUGUUUUGGUUCUGGAUAGAAUCUCAUUGUGACACUAGUGAACACUAAAAAGGAAAAAGUGCUUUUAGAAAACGACCACACGCAGCUCCGCUCUGCUUCUGGAAGCGUCACUUUUUUUUUAAAUAUAGUUCUGCUUUUUAUGGCCAUAAAACCCAUAGGUUCGAUCAGCUGUCAAAGAAACUGAGCUUUGGCAGGAAAUGUUCUUAAUGUUUUAUCUGCUUCCACUCUGUUUGCCAUUACCAGGUCUGUCCUGAGAGAAUGGUUAACUCUCUUUGAGGUGUGCACCACGCGACACGUCCUGCUUAUUAGCGUUGAUCUCUGUGUGUGUGUGUGUGUGUGCGUGCGUGCGUGUGUGUGUGUACGCUAAUGGGUGGGCGGAAGUGGAUAACUUCUACAUUUAAGCAUCACGACUUUAACUGUGCCAACGUU